CGUUUCGAUUGAUCGCACGCGCCGACUGCGGUGCGCGCGCGUUCAUCUCCACCUCAAAAAACUAAUAAUUCCAUCGAAAAAUUAAUUAAACAAAUAAUACAGCACGCUUAUAUUGUAUAUGGACCGUAAUUUUUCAUUACAUUCCGCGCUUUCUGAUAAGUAAAACGUUUCAUUUCUUUCUGUUCAGCCAGUAUUCCUAUGUGAAUUGUGUUCCGAGUGAAAUUUUAUUGGAUGUGAUAAUACUUUCGGCCUUCAUGGUUGCAAAAUUAUUGGCCGGCUCUGGUGACGUGUUUGGUAAACAAUAACGCUAUUGGUUUUGCUUGUACAGAGGCUGAACUAUGACGAUACAUAGUAUGACAGUCACCGAUGCGCGGGAGUCAACCAAGAAACACUGCUGUCGAGGGCCAUACAAGCUCAAGACGAAAAUAGUACUCGCAGCAUUAGCAGUCCUAGUCUUCAUAUCAGCAUUAAGUGGAUACCUCAUCGGAAGUGCGGACUAUGCAUCACGGAGGGCGGCGGAGCCUCCGGAUCCAAUCGCACCUCUUAAACCCUCGGCUUCCCGUCUCCAUGUGUUCCAGAAAGCUGCUGUAUGCACAGAUGCUCCUCAGUGUUCACAAAUUGGCAGAGAAAUUCUCAUUAAAAAUGGGUCAGCGGUGGACGCAGCAGUGGCAGCCAUGUUCUGCAAUGGCCUCCUGAACCAUCAGAGCAUGGGGCUUGGCGGUGGAUUCUUCAUGACGGUCUACCUGAAGGAUGAGGAGAAGGCGUACACUGUGAACGCGCGGGAAACGGCUCCUGGAGCUGCUACCGUCGAUAUGUUCAAUGGAAGCUGGGACAAGGCUGCGAAAGGUCCAUUAUCCAUUGGCGUGCCAGGCGAACUUCGUGGUAUGUGGGCGGCCCACAAACGAUGGGGCAAGUUACCCUGGGAGACCCUGGUGGCACCAAGCUUGGAUCUGUGCAGAAAUGGUUUUGCUAUGUCCAAGGUCAUGUAUGAUGGACUGGAAAGCGCUCCUUACAUCAAGAAUGACCCCCAUCUCAGGAAAAUGUACUUCAACACGGCCAAAGGACAGUUCCACAAGCCUGGCACGAUGGUGAAGCCCAGUGAAGCUCUGUGCAACACUUACCAGAGGAUAGCUGAGAACGGGGGCGAUGACCUCUACAAUGGAACCUUGGCAGCUGACUUCCUUGAUGAUCUAGAGAGAGUCGGCAGCAUCAUCACAGCUGAAGAUCUGAGGCAAUAUGAAGCGAAAAUCACGGAACCUAUAGCAGUUCCUCUAAGCAAUGGAGACACCUUCUACUCCCCACCCCCUCCUAGCAGUGGGGCUAUCCUGGUAAACAUACUGAACAUUCUCAGCGGCUACAACUUCACAGCUUCCAGUAUAAACACUACGGAAGACAAGAUCCUCACCUACCAUAGAAUCAUAGAAGCAUUCAAGUACGCUUACGCGACCAGAACGAAGCUAGGAGAUAGCGACUUUUUGGAUUUAAGUGAGCUUAUACGAAACGUGACAACUCCGGAAUACGGCACGGAGAUCCGGCUUCGCAUCAACGACACGGCGACCAGCAACGACACUGCCACCUAUGGAGCAGACACGUACAACCAGCCCGAUGCUGGAACCGCCCAUAUAUCCAUCAUUGCAGGAAAUGGCGAUGCCGUGUCAGUCACCAGUUCUAUCAACUUUUACUACGGUGCCGGUUUCUCGACCCUCAAAACCGGUAUAGUAAUGAACAACGUGAUGGACGACUUCUCAUCUCCUGGUAUCACGAACUACUUCGGUCUGAAGCCCUCCCCAGCGAAUUUCAUCGCUCCUCACAAACGGCCUAUGUCCUCAAUGAGUCCUAGUAUAAUUGUGGAUAGAAAUGGCAAUGCGAAAUUAGUGAUCGGUGCUUCUGGAGGCACUAAAAUUACUACAGCUGUGGCUUUGGUGACAAUACGCAAACUCUGGUUCGACCAGUCAAUAAAGGAAGCUGUGGACGAAGCUAGAAUACAUCAUCAGAUCACACCGAUGCACGUGGAAUACGAAUUUGGAGUUAUUGAAGACAUAGUGAAGGGUCUUCGUGCUAAGGGCCACGGCAUGGUCCGGUACCGCAGUCGAGGCUCAAUAAUCUGUGCGCUCUAUAGAAAUAGAACAGCCAUCUACGCCAAUGCGGACUUCAGGAAGGGUGGCGACGUUGCCGGCAUGGACUGAACUCCUGUGCCUAACUACACUCUAAGUAUUACUAUCUUUAUGUCAUGAAAGGAACUUUCAAAUGAAUCUGUUAGUAAUGUAAGUUUGUAAGAAUACGACGCGUUUAUGUCAAUGUGAGAGCAUUUUUCAUUUAAACUAGGAAAUAAUAUGAGACUAAAACACAAACCUUCUUCUCUUUAUUCUGUUUUUAAAAUUGCUGUUAAAAUCAAUACACAAUAAGUUCUAAAAUAAAACUCAUACAGGACAAUGAAACUUUAAUCCAACCUCAAGGUAAAAUAAUAAUUUACAUAAUGUUUGCUAAAUACGAAACAUGCUCUCAUUUAUUUUUUAUAAAAUGUGUGUGACAAGUGCAAAGAAAAAAAACUGUUAUUAAUUUAUUCAAUUUUCAGGAGCUUGACCCUCCAAUCACAGUCCAUAGAUUUAAUUCUUUAGCUUGUUUUAAUUAUAUAUUUUAAAUUACUUGAUUAGGCUCGAAGUAGAAACGUAAUUGGCGAUACAAUAAUAGUGUAGGCACUAGGAAAAAAUAUUACAAGAAAAAAAAUGUGAUAAAUAAACGAUAGUCUAGGUAGGAUAUGAAAUAUUGCCGUCUUCCGAAAAAAAAAUGUCCUGUUGUCUACGAUUUCUAAAAUGGCGGCAAAUGGAAUUCAAUAAUUUAUCACAAAAGCAUCUUAUAUAAUAUUAUCAAAUUUUCAAAUUAUGUAAUAAAUUGGCUGAUUAAGAACAAUAAUUUUGAAAUAAAUGGGCUAGAUACUUAAUGAAUAUACCUAUGAGUGCAUUAUAACAAACCGAGAUGCAGUGUUUUAAAAAUACAUGUAUUUUAUUAAGUUCCUAGACAUUUUUAUUUUAUUAUUUGAUAGACCUAACUUAUACCCCCUACAAGCCAAACUCUGGUUUUGUUACUUAAUAAUGGAAUUCAUUACAUGUACCCACUGUACCCAAAUCUUUAGUAACUUUCCACAAGUCAAGAUCUAUUUGUUCAAAUUUAAAAACCAGUGAAUGAAACAUAGCGCAAAUUGAUUAUCUCUUUCAUAAGUGCACAAAACUAGACUAAUUUCUGUUAUUUAUUAUAAUAAUAUUCAUCUGUUUUUAUUUUUAUUCCUUACCCAUGCAUUUAUUACAGGCCGUAAAAUAAAACAACAUUCCUUUCAGAAACAUAGCUUUAUGUUGACAAAUUACCUACCACUAUUUUUGUCUUGUUUGUUUCGCAUUCAAUUAUGAAUUUGUAUUGGAAUAGUGUUGUCUGAAAUGGGAAUGAACUGACUACUUAGAUAAUAAAUGGUCACAAAAUAGUAAUUGCAGAAUAAACUUUUACCUAAGUGUU